AAGCCUAACGCUAAUUCUGUAAGCGACAUCGGGCACAUGAUAUGCGUGGGGGGUGGUCUAGCGGAACUUUGCAGCUAAAUAUUGUAACUGGCCAACUAAAUAUUUAGGCCUUCUUAGCGCACAUGCUCCAUUUUCAACCCUUACGUACACCACACCACCAUAUUCAGGGACUUGGGUCAGAUGCUUUCGAUAAACCCAUCACUUAUCUAUAUGCGAAACUAAGUGAAUUGAAAUCAUUAGUGUCCAAUGAAAUUCUUACGUUAUUCGGCUUGAAAAGAUGACGGCGGAAAGUGAUAGUACCCAGAGAGAAUAUGAUUCUUCACAAGAUGCGGAAACACUUUAUAACUACCACCAACUUCACAUGCCACUCGAAAAAGAAGUAGACGCCGUUUUCUGUCUGUGCAGCCUUGACACGCGCGUAGCGGAACGUGCCGCCCAGUUAAUUCUUGAUGGCUAUGGGAAAUACCUUAUAUUCUCUGGUGGGACCGGAAGACUGACACAAGGCCGUUACGAUAAACCCGAAGCACAAGUAUUUGGUGACAUAGCUCUGAACAUGGGAGUUCCGAAAGAAAAACUCCUGAUUGAACCCCUUUCGACAAACACUGGUGAGAAUGUUCGCUUCACAUAUGCACUACUUCAGGACAAGGGACUACAAUUGAAUUCCUUCAUCCUUGUUCAGAAACCAUACAUGGAAAGGCGAACUUAUGCCACCUUCAAGAAACAAUGGCCAGAUUCUGACACUCGGAUAUCGGUCACAUCGCCACAAUUCAAAUGGGAUGAAUAUCCAAACGAUGCCAACCCAAAAGAUUUAGUCAUCAAUAUUGCUGUGGGCGAUCUCAUCCGUAUUCGGGAAUAUCCUUCAAGAGGUUUUCAGAUUCCACAAGACAUUCCCGACGAGGUUUGGGAAGCGGGUCAACGGCUCAUUCGUGCAGGUUACAAUAUCCACCUACCCUAGAAUCUGCAUAAACAUCUCGCGAUGUUCAUACUCGUCCAGAGGGCUUUUCGCUAUUAAUCCCAUUAAGGUGGUCGGAUUUGAGCGAGGGGUCAAAUUACUAAUCAGUAAUUCCAGCAGUAAUGGAGGUGCUAUGCUU